UAUAUAUAACUGUGCUUGUUCAUCAUUGGGUUUGUAUGGGGACGGUGACUGGUUCUGUUUGCGUACAGGACGGUGACAGGGUCCAGGCGACACCAACAUGUUUCACGAGGCCUCGCAAAGUGUAAUGCCGCUAAUCCGGAGACAUCUACCGCCUGAUGAAAAAAGAUCAGAUUCCAGGACCAAGUGUUCCAUGGAACACUGGCGGGAACAGUUCCGGUGUUCCAGCUUUGGGCUGGAACAUCCACAACCACAUCUUUUCACCCAAUUUGAGUGGGGCUGGCCGAAGGUGUAUCUCUGUUGGCGCGCUGUUGCUGCCGUCUACCACGUCGCCGUGAUCAUCGUAACGGGGUUCUGUGACAGAUACUCAUGGACAAGGACCGAGAAGGACAGCGUCAAGUGGUUCAUCUAUCUCACAAACUGGAUGUUCUUCCAACUGACUUUGUCCACUCUCGCUGACUUCAUGGCACUGGGUUACUGCCACCUUGUGCGGAAAGACAUCAUCAGUGGUGGAAUCCAACGCAUGCCGCUGUUUCUGAAAGUGACCUGGGUUUUGCACAACCUGAGCAAUACCGGCAGCAUACUGGUGACCAUACUCUUCUGGGGGUUCGUACAUUCACCGGGCAAGGCCGUGUCUAAUGUUGAUUUCAUCACCCAUACUGGCAACACGACAUACGUCAUCCUCAACCUCUGUAUCGCAGCGUCUCCGGUGAGGUUCCUCCAUUUCUUCCAACCCCUCACCGUGGCGGCCACAUACUCCAUCUUCUCCGCG